GACCAACUUCCGAGCACCAGUGCGAGAGGCGGCGCACAGCCGACGGACCUUCGCACCCCCGUUUCCGUGCCAAGCUGCUGCUGCGGAGAGGCUCCAAAACACUGCCCGUUUGCUGUGUCGAUGUCGUAUCUCCCGGGGCGCCGCCACGGACACGAGCUGAUUUCCAAUGUUCACGUCUUUGCUCUGUGAUGAAGGGAGCACUGCGCCGGAUAACCAUCUGCUGCGCGUGCGAGUCCCGCGCCAUUUCUGGCUACCACGGCUGACACACGUGGCUUUGGUUCUCCUCUUGCAGAGUGUUUCAGGACAGCAGCCCGUGGCUGGGCGUCGCGAGACCCGUUUUCAGUGCGUUUCGUGGCCGGUUUAUGACGUGACAGCCACAGGGUGAUCUCGAGGCUGGUCGACGAGAGAUAUAUCAGCAACCCGAUCAGGCAUCAUCGCAUGGAUGUGCGUUUCAUCGAUCCCCUUUGAGCCGGGCACUGACUUCAAAUAGUCGGGUGCUCCCUGCGCGUGCUCGCAUCUCGAUCUUUCUCCGACUUUUCCUCCCUUCCGGCUCGGGUCGCUGGGCGGUUCAGCUGGCUGGAUGUUUCCUGCUUGUUGAAUUCUUCAAAGCUCGUUUGUUUGAGAGUGAGAACGGAGGAGGAUGGAUGUCGGGGCUGGAUAUUCUUUGCCGGUGUGUCUCUGCCAGCGGACGUGAUUACCCCGGACGCGAUCAACUAAACUUUGUCGUGCAUCAGACUGCAGUAAUUUCUUUGAUACGAAGCCCUCCACGCCGCCACAAACCUCGCUCGCACCACCAUCCGUACCUGCGCUCCACUUCCGACGACCCCCAAAACUGCAAAGCCUACCCCUCGAGCGAACGGAUGCCAGCAGACGGGAACGACAUGACCCCUCGGCAAAGAUUGCGCACUGCGGGGCCAGCUCGGCCCUCACUCCGGCCACUAACGAACUCCCUCCGCCGUUCGGACAUCCUGCCCCCCUUGUCCAUAGAACUGAAUUCCACGAAUGCGUCCCAGACCCCAAUCUUCUCGCCCUCGCCGCUCACCGCCAUCUCGACGAUCUCGACUGCCUCGUUCUUCUCCGCGCGCAGCGACUUGGACGACGAUCUGGACUCGGAAUUCCCCAGCCUCAAUCCGACGAGCCCGGAUGAAGAAACUGCACCCGACGCAGCGAUCCGGUCGCCAGUGGCGCACUGUCUCUCACCGUACACAUCCGCCCACCCCUCGCUCUCGGCUCUCACGCCGCACCUGGCCGUCGGCGACCUCGCGUUCGCAGAGAAUCCCGCGCUGCUGCUGAGUGCGGGGAUCACACAUGUUAUCAGCGUGUUUGGGGGUCGAGUUCACAUUCCCACUGAAGUCAUCCCGCCUGCGAACCAUCUCCACGUGUCGCUCGAGGACACGCCGUUUGCCGAACUGGUGGGUGCCAUGCGCCCGGUCGUCGACUGGGUCACGCAGAUCCUGCUCCAGGGCGGGGUCCUGCCGCACACCGAAGGCGCCGGCGCAGCAGUCCCGGUGCGGAUUCUCAUACAUUGCGCGCACGGGAUAUCCCGCAGCCCGGCCGUCGGGGCGGCCCUGCUCGUGGCGCUCCCGCUCAUCGAAAGUGUGGGCCCGCAGCCGAUGGGUGACAGCUCUGCACGGACAACACCGGACAUAGAGGAGCAAUAUCAAUUCCAAAGACCGAUUCGGCAACUGCUCGCGCGGGCGGGAUCGUCGCCGGACAACGGCCAGCAGUCGCGUCCACCUCGCCGAAAUGUGCCCCGUACGAUGUCCGCGCCGAAUGCGCUUGCCUAUGUCGAAGCGUGCCGUCCCUCGGCAAAUGUCAACUGGGGUUUCCGGGCGCAGCUGACCGAAUGGGAAAUGCUGUGUCGCGAUAAAGGGUGAUUAAUAACUUUCUGAGAAGUUUUUAUGUAGUAUUAUCGGACCCUCUUCCUUUCGUAGGGCGUAUAUAAGUCACAGUGUCGUCUGCGGGGACUGUAUUUUGUAAAUAAGCAUGUAUCACUUGUUUUUCAGAAUUGUUGCGAAAUAAUAGAGAUCGAUUGAAUCAG